UUUUUUUCGGAGCUCGGUCGUGCUGCUGCUGCGAGAGCCGACAAACCGCUGGAAGUGGCCGGAAGGACUUCAACUUUUACACUUCUCGAUUCUUCUUCCUCUUCUUCUUCUUCUUCUCCUCUUCCCCUCUCUCUCUCUCUUCCUCCCUCUCUCUCUUUGUCUCCAUGCCAGAAGUCUCCCCCCGGCACCGACGCAGACAGCGGGCCUUCCUGUAGCCGACGCCCCGGCCUCCCUCCACCUCCGGCCGGCGGAGCCUCCCGGCUGAGCCCCGCCGAGGUGGCCCGGUUCCCCGCGGGGGGAGCGGCGAUGCUGUAGGGCGGCCCCGGCCGAGGAGAUGAUGCUUCCGGUCUGAAGAGAGCCGAGAGAAGCGGAGGUGAAGCAGGAAGAUGUCCGGCAGGAUGCCCCUGGCCCCGGUGAGCGAGAGAGAGUCCGAACAGCUGAAGACUUCCGACAGCCUCCCCGAGCCGCCGGCGCCGCCCACCAAGUCGUCGAGCCGCCACAGUCUGCCGCCGUGUCGCGGCGGCGUGACAUCCGCCGCGGACGAGCAGCCGCACGUCGGCAACUACCGCCUGCUGAAGACCAUCGGCAAGGGCAACUUCGCCAAAGUCAAACUGGCCAAACACACUCUGACGGGCCGAGAGGUUGCCAUUAAGAUCAUCGACAAAACUCAGCUGAACCCCACCAGUCUGCAGAAGCUCUUCAGGGAGGUCAGUGUGAUGAAGAUCCUCACUCACCCGAACAUCGUGAAGCUGUUUGAGGUGAUUGAGACGGAGAAAACUCUGUACCUGGUGAUGGAGUACGCCAGCGGAGGGGAAGUGUUUGACUACCUGGUUGCUCACGGACGAAUGAAGGAGAAGGAGGCCCGAGCCAAGUUUCGCCAGAUUGUGUCUGCAGUGGAGUACUGCCACCAGAAGAGGAUUGUACACCGGGACCUCAAGGCUGAGAACCUGCUGCUGGACGGCGACAUGAACAUCAAGAUCGCCGACUUCGGCUUCAGCAACGAGUUCAAGCUCGGCAGCAAGCUGGACACGUUCUGCGGCUCUCCUCCGUACGCCGCGCCCGAGCUCUUCCAGGGGAAGAAGUACGACGGGCCCGAGGUGGACGUCUGGAGUCUGGGAGUGAUUCUCUACACGCUGGUCAGCGGCUCGCUGCCCUUCGACGGGCAGAACCUCAAGGAGCUGAGGGAGCGUGUCCUCAGAGGAAAGUACCGGAUUCCCUUCUACAUGUCGACGGACUGUGAGAACCUGCUGAAGAAGCUGCUGGUUCUGAACCCGGGGAAACGAGGCAGCCUGCAGCAAAUCAUGAAGGAUCGAUGGAUGAACGUCGGCUACGACGAGAAGGAGCUGAAGACGUACAACGAACUGGAGCAGGACUUCAACGACGUGAAGCGCAUCGAGCUGAUGGGCACGAUGGGCUUCCCCCAGGAGGAAGUGGUGAAGGCGCUGGACGGCCAGAAGUACAACGAGGUGACGGCCAUCUACCUGUUGCUGGGCAGGAAAGCGGCUGAGUGCGAAGGCAGCGAGUCUCUGACCGGCGGCAGCCUGGUUCAAAGGUCGCGGCCCAGCAGCGACCUCAACGGCUCCAGCCAGUCCCCCGCCCACUCUCGCAACGCCUCGACCAAUCAGAAGCAGCGGCGCUUCAGCGACCACGUGGCGCCCGCCAUCCCGCCGCCCGUCUCCUACACCAAGCGCGGCCACGCCCACAGCGUGGAGAGCGACAGGAAGGAGGAGCCGGCGUCGCCCGUCAGGGCGCCGGACCGCCGGAGGGCCGCCACGGCGUCGGGGAACAUAACUCGGAGGAACACGUACGUUCACGAGAGGGCGAGCGCCGAGCGCCACUCGUCCGCCGUUCCCAACGGCAAGGACAGCAGUCUCCCCGAGGUGCCGGCGGCGUCUCCGUCCCCGUCGCCGGGGGCGACCAUCUCGUCCGCGCGGCCCCGUCACGUGAAGUCCAUGUCGGCGUCGGGACAUCCCAUGAAGUCCUGCCUGCCGCCCAUCGACGACAACGCCGAGUACCAGAGCCCCCCCCAGCAGCCGCCGUCGUCGCCCUCGGCCUUCAGCGUCACCAGCAGCGGCGCCGCCGCCACGCCGGACCGGACCCGCUUCCCCCGCAGCUCCUCCAGCCGCUCCACCUUCCAUGGCGCUCAGCUGCGGGACCGGCGCUCCGCCACCUACAACGGGCCGCCGGCGUCGCCCAGCCUGUCCACGCACGCCGCCGCCUCCAUGGCCACGCCCCGCCGCGGCACCUCCACCUCGCUCAUCGGGAAGAUCACCUCCAAGUUUGUGCGCAGGAGUCUCUCCGGCGACCCCAAGGAGGACGGCCGGGAGUCGAAGCCGCGCGCCCUGCGCUUCACCUGGAGCAUGAAGACCACGUCCUCCAUGGAGCCCGGCGACAUCAUGAAGGAGAUCCGCCGGGUCCUGGACGCCAACAACUGUGACUACGAGCAGCGCGAGCGCUACUCGCUGUUCUGCGUGCACGGCGACGCGCGGCAGGACAGCCUCGUCCAAUGGGAGAUGGAGGUGUGCAAGCUGCCCCGCCUCUCGCUCAACGGCGUGCGCUUCAAGCGCAUCUCCGGCACGUCCAUCGCCUUCAAGAACAUCGCCUCCAAAGUGGCCAACGAGCUGCGGCUGUGAAGGGCUGUGCGCCCCCUGGUGGCCGCCUGGUGCCCUGCACCGCGCCGCCCCCUGGUGGCCCCCUGGUGGCCCCCUGGUGGCCGCCUGGUGCCCUGCACCGCGCCGCCCCCUGGUGGCCGCCUGGUGCCCUGCACCGCGCUCACUGCUGUAUGACUCAGAGGAGACUCGUUUAUUAUACUCGACACACACUUAACUAUUUAAUGUUUCUCACUAAAUGUUUGCCAGUGAAACCAAAUAUUAAAGCUGACGGUGCAGAUAUUCA